GCUUAUCAACUCUUAUCACCGUCCUUAGAGUGUGGCUGAGACUUUCGGUAGUAGCCAGUCUGCACUGAAUCUGAUGCAUUCUAAUACAGUGUUCAGUAGGUAUGGUGUUCUUGGUUUUAAAUGUCGUGUGGCGAGGAUUGGCGAAAGGAGGCUCGACACUCGCCACUCGCCAUGGCGUUUCAUGGCGAUCGCAUCGCGUAUCAGCCGCUCAAAAGGUAUAGCGAGGAAAGGCGGUCGACUCUCGUACCUCGCUUAGCAUUGGGGUCUUGAGUCGUUUUGGAGGUCGCCUCAGGUCGCUACUCGCCAUGGCGAGCGGAGCGGUCGCCUUUUAAAACCAAGAUGGUGUUAUGAUGAUCCAUUUGCUGUAAAUACAUACUUACAUUUUUAAAAAAUACUAGAUUUUGAUCGCAGAUGUUUAAAAAAAAUACGAUGCUAUUUGUUUUUAUGUCACUAUUUAUGGUUGGACAAAAACUCGAAUUUGAAGAACCAAACCGAUCUUAAAGGGAUCCGAAUAAGUAGUAUCAAAUCCGAAUCGAAAUUGAUUAAAUAUCUGAAUUAUUCAAAAUUUUGGUAUUUGAAGAACUGAAAUCUAAUCCAAUCUGAACCGAAGUAUUUUGGGUAUCCUUGAUCCGUGCACCCGUGCGGGGCAUGUUUAUUUUUGUCUGCAACAAGUAACAAUGUGGGAGUGAUGACAAAAAAGAAGAAGGUAACAAUGUGGGAGUACAGUGCUUUUUAUAGUUUCAACUCCAGGUCAAAGAUGUUAAUAAGUUAAUAAGUAUAUGGAACUCAGAAUCUCAUACUAGUAUAUGGAACUAGAAAUCUCAAACUCAUACACCGUAGAAUGUCAUGAUCUAAAUAUUUUGAAGGCUCUUACUCUAAUACUCACUAGCAUUCGAUCGACAUCACUAUGUUACUUGAUUUUGAGCGAAUUUCAAAGACAAAAUUCAAAACACACUCCUGUGAAAGUAUUCAAAUAUCUAUAUGAAUGACUAGAGACCUGACCGUAGUAAAUCUUAAUAUUUUUACGUCAAUGAUUUGGGUUUGUAUACAUUGUAAUGUUAUUCUCUCAACCUAAAAUCCACUAUUUUAUUCGUCCACAAGUUUCCUCUAUCUUGACAGGAUACAGCGACAAAUAUUUUCUCUGGGCUUGAUCGUCAUGAUAGGAGUCAUAUCAUGGUAACAUGUUUUGUGAAGUAGGUUGGGUAAUGACAUGUAUGACCGGAACAAAUUAGUAGUAAAUCUGGUUCAUGCCAAAUCUUGAAAUACAUAAGCCUCACGUUUAGUUUGGUUCAGUCUAGAAAACUCGGUUACCAACAAACAAAUUGAAUAUCCGAAUAGUUUUUGGUCAUCUGAACUGUUUUUUUUUUUUUUUUUUGGGGUCAAAGUCACUGAGUUGUUUCUUCCUUAGAUAUCUUAUAGGUGACCUGCUUUUAAUCUUUCAUUACAUGAGAUAUAUUAAUCGUGGAAUCAUUUUUGUCUUUUCAAAUCUUUUUCCAAGAUUCUAAUUAUUUGUUACUUGUGAGAUAUAAUAAGGUGUUUACCAUUAAACAGAAAAUAUGUUUUUUCUCUUUUCUUUGUAAAGAAUAUUUUCCCACUUGUAACAAGAGGUUAGCCCAAACAUUACGGUGUUAAAAAAAAAAAGACCAAACAGUAUGAACCUAGUUAGGAUCGUACCUACUUUUGACUAAUGAAUGAAAUUAUGAUUUAAAGGAAACCAGUUCUUACGCCAUUAAUAUAAUAUAAUCAAGAAUUUUCAGAGUAUAUGAAUAUAUGAUAUCAUCAUUUAUCAAAUAUUCUUUCAAAAAAAUCAUUUAUCAAAUACGGUUUUCUUUCAAAAAGAAGUCAGAAUGAUAGUUAAAAGAUUUUUUUUUAACUUCUCAAAUAAUAUAGUGAAAAAAAUUUCUGGAAAGAAGAAUUUGGAUACCGACACCAGCUGUCCUAGAUGCAAUUAUCCAAAGGAAACUAUAAAUCAUAUUUUUGAAUGUCUUUUUGCCUUGCAUAGGGUUGAGCUUUAUCAAACUAUCCAUCUUUCUGGAUUUUUUCCGUCGGUUUACCAAAACAUAGAUAUUCUGUUUUAGAAAAAAAAGAUGUGGUCUAUUCGAAACUACUUAUAGACACAUUCUCUUAGAUCUUGUGGUAUAUUUAGAAAGAAAGAAAUAGGAAAGUAUUUAAUGAAAAUAUGUUUAACCUUUAGACACCUUCCAUCUAGCCUGGUUCGAGGCGGAAUGCUGAAAAAACUAACCUUUCAAAAGACAAAGAGGAAAAUGAUACACCACCAGUUUCUGCCGCUAUUUUGACUCUUCUUGUGGAACUCUAAAUCCUGACUUGUUAAAUUGAUGUCUAUUGGAUCAAUUAUGGUAUGGUCAGUGGACUAGGAUGGAUCCUUAUAGAUUAGAUGGGAGUUAAAUGUUUUGUACUACAAAGCUUCUGCAAAAGUCUCUCGGCUCUAUGGUGAGAUGGAAAGAAACUUCUAUUGGUAAUGCCUUGUUUACGAAAUUUACAUAUGACUACCAUACAAAUAUAGAUAUAUUGCUCAGACUUGGUGUACACGAUUCUGAACCCAUUUAAUUGACCGACAUUUACUUCUGAAAUAGUUUCAUUCCACAUGGUACGAUUUUUUUAUUUGGAUUUCGAUAUCUCCCAUAUACUCAGAUCUAUGAAUAUGCAUGUACCCUUUUGUCAAAUAGGCGAGAAUUCACGGUGUUCUUUUUUCUAUGUAAAUCAAAUCUGAUAGGAACUAAUAUCUUUUCGGAACGACUAAACCUCGACUACCAAGUGAUCUUGCAAAAUAAGCAUUGACAAAAAGUGUGAGUUGACUUUGAGCUUAAUUGCAGAUGCAAGGUCAAUUUUAAAUAUGUUUAACUACAUGUGAUACACAUUUCAUUUUCAGAGAUAAAGCAAAUAGAGAUUAGAGAUACCUAAGAAGAGGACAAUAACUACCUCCACCAAACAUAAUUACUAAUCUCUUGUUCACCAAUCAAUGUCUCCAAUAUUCAUCUCAUGUAACCUCUUCUUUUCUUAACAACAUAUGUUUACCCCUUUUCCAUUUUCCAUUUUCUUACCUUUCAGAUUGUUAUUGUCAAAGAUAUUUUAAACGGCUGUGACUAUUCAGAUCAAUUCUCAUUUAACUCUUUUUCACAAAAAUGAAAAUUUAUUGAAAAUAUGUUGAAUUAGAUUUAUUUUUCUAACUAGAUUUUUUUUAUAAUAUAAUUAAGAUAUCUGGAUCUCUCACUUAGUCCGACUAUCCCACCACGUCCAACUGGAACUGGCGAGAAAGGUCCUGGAGACAAAAAAAAAACCAUGUUAAAUCCGCUGUGGCCGGGACUCGAACUCGUGAUGGCGGGCACCUCAGCCGAGAUUCCUUUACCACCAGACCACGAGGACUGAUUUUCUAAUCGAAACCCAGACAAAUAACAAUUCGUGAAACUAUCAUGUGUGUAUUACAUAAGCCAAAAUCAUCGAAAUAAUCAAACAAUAAUUUCAAUCUAACAUGAUGAAACUACUAAAAUGAUACCAUUUUAUUUUUUCCGCAAGAUUGGAAUACUUAGCAAUGUAAAUAUUUUAGCUUGAUUGCUAUUUCAUUUGCGUUUGGGUUUAUACAACAUUUGAUCAAAUAUCAUAUUAGUAUUGCUAGGAAAGCAAAGAUAUUAUGUUUUGUUAUACAUAUAAAUGUUAACAGGAAAAAUUGCUUUUGAAAACCAAUCAUUUUCUAACAAGAUCUCAAGUAUGUUCUAAUAAAUCUGUUAUAUUCUCAGAUGACAUUUUAUAAUAUAGAGAAAUACGAAAAAACUGUUUAAAGAGAUUAAAGGAUUCUCUUUACAGCAUAUAGGUAUCGAGGCUAGCUAGAUUUUGUUAAAUAAAAUGUAUUAUUGUUACGAUAUAAUAUAGAGGUUGAAACAAAUGGUGUAUUAGGCAGUUAGACUAAUCAUCAUGUUUACCUCCAAACAUUUUUACCUUUUUAACAUUAACAAACGUUAUUAAUUUCUACUUAAGCUUCAAGAUAGUCUGUCUGUUUUCAAAUUGACAACAAUUGUUUUAAAAUUUUUGCUUUAUAAUGAUAUUUAUACAAGUCUCCAUGAAAUGAUGUUACGGUUUAACUCAUAAUAAAAGCUUUGUAUUUUUAUAUAUAAUUGAGUGUAUCAUGAUAUAAAUGCGAAUGGUUAUCAACUUUUGCCCAAACGUCAAUGAACUUUUUUCCCAAAUAAUCUUUGAAUUUAGAUCUAAGAUGUAAAUAUUUACUCUGUUUAGAUCAAGAUGUAAAUAUUCCCAAAUAAUCUUCGAAUGGUUUAAUCAGCUCGAAGUUGUUUUAGUGUAUUGAUUUUUUUAAGUACUUACAAAACUCGUUGAUAAAAGAAAUUUGAAAUGAUAAACAAAAAGUAAAAUACAGUUCUGGCUUGGGCAUGCGCUUAAUUCGUCUUUGUUUAGGUAUUAUACUGAUGAAUGUAGGAGACCACAUAACGAUAAAGUAAUGAUAUUUCUAAAUCUGUCUGAACACAUGUUCCUUCUUUGAUUUAACAUACAUAUAUAUUUGUUUACAUAUGCAAGUUAUAUGUGAACAUGAAACUGAUUUUCAAAUAGAGUUCAUAAUCUAUAUAAUAUGUACCCAAUCCCAAGACCUAACAGUCCAAACUGGAUAACCAAUUUAUAUCAAGAUCCAAUGAUAACAAUAACUGCCGUAAAUAUUAAUUAGCCAAAAUGAUCCAUAAGGUAUCCAGUUUUGGAAAGACCACAUGCAAACCCUUACUUGGUAGGAGCUAAGGAUAAGGCCAAUUGAAAUUGUCCAGUUCUGCUGAAUAUAUACAAAUUAAUUCAAUGACAAUAGUACUAUAUAUUGGUGCAUGCAAGUUAAUUACAUUGGCCAAAUGAGUUUCGAUCUUUAGAUAGAGUUCACAACAUUGCGUACUUAAAUUUUGUUGGCAACCCAUUGCUCCAAAUAUUUUGAUCCAUUUAAUAAGUCUCCAAAACAAUAUGGUAUAUCACAUCCAAAGUCAAUAAAAAAGCGUGUUAACCAAGAAUUCAAGAGACGUAAUCACCUUUUUCAUAUUUUUGUUUAACUCGGUCAUUAUUUGUUCUUCUAGGCCCCAGUGGGUGCAACUACUCUUUCUAGUGUUGAACCAAGUUCUGGUUUUCAAUAUCAAAACCUAAUUCUCCAACCGCAUAACAACAUUUACUUUUUUUACAAUUCAACUUAUCUAUCCAAGAAAACAAUAAACUAGCUAGAGAAACUAUCCACCAAGUUUAAAAACGUAUUGUCUUUGACUCUUUGUCUCCCUAUAUAACUCAAUGUUGAUUCCCAUUGCAACACAUUCUCUGUUCUUCCAUACUUUCAUCUCUAAAGUCUCUCGCUGUAACAGAAUUUUGUAAGAAUCUCAACAAUGAAGAUCAUCAAGAGCUUCCUCUGUUUCAUCUCUUUCGCAGUCCUCUUCAAUCCCAUGGCAGAAGCCAAUAAAGCACACCACCAUGAGUUCAUUAUACAAGCAACGAAAGUGAAGAGACUAUGUGAAACACACAACAGCAUUACGGUCAACGGAAUGUUCCCCGGUCCGCAACUUGUAAUCAAUAACGGUGACACUCUUGUUGUCAAAGUCAUUAACCGAGCUCGGUACAACGUAACAAUCCACUGGCACGGUGUGAGACAAAUGCGAACCGGUUGGGCUGACGGACCGGAAUUUGUUACUCAAUGUCCAAUCAGACCGGGAUCCAGCUAUACAUACCGGUUUACAAUUCAAGGACAAGAAGGUACACUUUGGUGGCAUGCUCAUAGUUCGUGGCUCAGAGCUACAGUCUACGGUUCACUCCUCGUCCUUCCUCCGGCUGGUUCGUCUUACCCAUUCCCAACCCCUCACCGCAACGUCCCACUCCUCCUCGGUGAAUGGUGGGACGCAAACCCGGUUGAUGUGUUGAGAGAAUCGAUACGAACCGGAGCUGCUCCGAAUAUCUCCGACGCUUACACCAUCGAUGGUCAACCCGGCGAUCUCUAUAAGUGCUCUUCUCAAGAUACGACAAUAGUACCCAUAAAUGUUGGUGAGACCAUACUACUACGUGUAAUAAACUCCGCACUGAACCAACCGUUAUUUUUCACGGUGGCUAACCAUAAGUUCACGGUGGUCGGAGCUGACGCGUCUUACCUAAAACCCUUCACCACCAACGUCAUUGUUCUCGGUCCCGGCCAAACCACCGACGUCCUCAUAACCGGUGACCAACCACCCAACCGCUAUUACAUGGCCGCAAGAGCUUACCAAAGCGCACAAAACGUACCGUUUGGCAACACAACCACAACAGCAAUCCUUCAAUACAAAUCCGCCCCUUGCUGCAUCGGCGGAGCCAAGAAGGGUACUUCCAUCAAACCAAUCAUGCCUCUGCUCCCUGCUUACAACGACACAAACACGGUCACACGUUUCAGCCAAAGCUUCAAAUCACUAAGAAAAGCCGAGGUUCCGACAGAACUCGACGAGAAUCUCUUUAUAACCAUCGGACUCGGUCUCAACAAUUGUCCUAAGAAUUUUAGGUCAAGAAGAUGUCAAGGUCUUAACGGUACACGCUUCACUGCAUCAAUGAACAAUGUUUCGUUUGCUCUUCCUAGUAACUACUCUCUCCUUCAAGCUCACCACCAUAAUAUUCCCGGAGUCUUUACAACAGAUUUUCCGGCGAAGCCUCCGGUGAAAUUUGAUUACACUGGUAGCAACAUAAGUCGAUCUCUCUAUCAACCUGAUAGAGGGACCAAGCUGUACAAGCUCAAGUAUGGAUCAAGGGUUCAGAUUGUUCUUCAAGAUACUGGUAUAGUAACUCCCGAGAACCAUCCUAUUCAUCUACAUGGUUACGAUUUCUACAUUGUUGCCGAGGGUUUUGGUAACUUCAAUCCCAAGAAAGAUAUCAGGAAAUUCAAUCUUGAAGAUCCGCCUCUUAGAAACACUGUUGGUGUUCCUGUUAAUGGUUGGGCCGUUAUCAGAUUUGUCGCAGAUAACCCUGGGGUUUGGAUAAUGCAUUGUCAUCUAGAUGCACAUAUAUCUUGGGGAUUAGCCAUGGCUUUCUUGGUUGAGAACGGGAAAGGACUAUUAGAGACAAUUGAGGAGCCUCCGGCUGAUUUGCCCGUGUGUUAGGAGCUCAAAAGAAAAGAAAAAACAUAAUAGUUUUCGUGUCAUAUUCAAUUGUUUUUCUUUUUCUUUUUGCUAAUAUAUACACUUGGUUUACUCCUGAGUUAGACUUGAAUUGAACCUCUCAGGAUUAAUUUUCUCGAUUGUUAAUGUUUUCUUUGACAUUAUAGUAUACCAAAUUAAUCAGUGCUAAAGAGUAUCACGAAAGUUGUUUUUUUAAUCUUCAUGCUCAUAUGUGCCGAAGGGUUGUUGAGCUAAACGUCUAUUAGUUUCUAUAGAUAAGCCUGGAAAUUAAGUGAUCGUUAACAUAAGACCUUUUUGGCGUAAUAUAGGCAGAGUCAAAUCGAGGUUCAACCACAUGAUGAAUAUUGAUGUUCGAAACUUAGCUAGCCUAAUUCUAUUUUCUUUCCAUAUGGUGUCUUUCGACCGGAUAUUACAUUGCUUCAUUAAUAACUACUAAUACUCCUUCAUGUAACAUUUGUAUAUUUGAAACUUGAGAUGAGAUAUAGAUUCAGUGUGUUCUAUAAUCAAGUUGAAUCCACUACCUCGUGUCUCUGUUAGACCAUGAAAUUAAUUUGGAGAAGUUAACUGAAAUAAAAAGUAGAAAAAAGAAAAAAAGCAGCAUGAAAUUACAAGUUGUUAGGUGAGCAGAAAAGUUAGAGGACAAAGUGAAUUCCGACGGGGAUGAAUCAUAACUUCGACAUUACCAGAAGAUACAAAAGUUGUCACGACUUUGUUAAUUUUUGAGUAAUCAGUGGAAAAAGAUUAUAACACCCUAACAAAUAUAAUCUCACACAAGUUACCACUUAUAUAUUUAUCGGAAUAUUGACUAGAUAUGACAUUAUUGUAUCCUCCUUAGUAUAUCAUAAACAACAUUUCAGGUUUUUACACAUCUGUUAAAAAAAAAAGAAGAAGUAUUUUUUUAUUUUUUAAAUGUUAAGCCAUAAACUCGAUAUAAACUAAAUAUCAGGCAUAUAAUAAGUUAUAUAUGCAUGCAUGAAAUAAGCAAACUUACACAAAUAAUAACAACCAUGAUCAUAAAGAGUUGAGAGUGUGUUUUAACGUUCUAGUUUAUGAAAGUGCAUGUUAACGUUGUAUAUAUUCAUGAAGUGCAGAAUAUUAAAUUUAUUUAGGACAAAUCUAUAAGAGAAUGUUUAUCUAAACCUAUAAUGUUUUGUAUAAUCUAAUUAAUACUAUGGGACCAAAGCCCAUAGCUUCCUGUUUUUUUUUUGUUAAAAACGUUGACUUGAUUUUUGAUGAGUC